AGUGCCUACACGCCGGUGUCUCCUGAGUUGCGCAAAACGCCAUUUUGGAGUGACUGAAAAAGAAGAAAGAUCGAGAAGCUGUCUUUCUAAGAUUAGUCACCAUGGGGAACAUGUUUGGAAGCCUGUUCAAGGGCCUAUUCGGCAAAAAGGAGAUGAGGAUUCUUAUGGUUGGACUCGACGCUGCUGGAAAAACAACCAUCCUGUACAAACUCAAACUAGGAGAGAUUGUUACCACCAUUCCUACAAUUGGUUUUAACGUUGAAACGGUAGAAUACAAGAACAUCAGCUUCACGGUGUGGGAUGUCGGUGGUCAGGACAAGAUCCGGCCGCUGUGGCGCCACUACUUCCAGAACACUCAGGGGCUCAUCUUUGUGGUGGACAGUAACGACAGGGAGCGUGUGAAUGAGGCGCGGGAGGAGCUGCAGAGAAUGCUGGCAGAGGAUGAGCUAAGAGACGCUGUGCUGCUCGUUUUUGCAAACAAACAGGACCUUCCCAAUGCAAUGAAUGCUGCAGAGAUCACAGACAAGCUGGGGCUCCAUGCCCUCCGCCAGCGCAGCUGGUACAUCCAAGCCACCUGUGCCACCAGUGGGGAUGGCCUUUACGAGGGCCUCGACUGGCUCUCCAACCAGCUCAAGAACCAGAAAUGAUCCAUUCCACACACACUUUUUUUUUUCUAUUUUUUUUUUUUCUCUGUCUGACACAGUGUCAGCACCGGUAGCAAGCCCCCGGACCCCCAGAACUCCUCCCUCCCCAGUAUUUCUCCAAAAAUGUAAUACUCCCUCUCUCUGUUUCUGUACCGUACAUUUCUCCUGGGGCUGAAACCUGUGCUGCGUGUGUGUGUGUGUGUACGUGUACUGUGUGUUUGCAGUCAGGUGUGUGUGUUUGAGAGAGUGUGUGUGUGUGUGUGUGUGAGCACGCGCAUGUUGGUGUGAAGGCGUCUCUGUGUCUGUUAGCUGGGAUUGGGAGUAACCCUGGCGUGCCUUUAACACACCUCCUGUGGAAAUCGUGGUCUGGCUCUUCAAACGCCACCCCACCACAUCCCACCCGGCCCCACAAUUGCACGAUCCCCACUUCCCUUUGCCCUUAGCCAAGCAUGGUUUUUAAAUGGCAAAGAAAGAGCAAGGGUGCAAUCGGUCGUCCUCCCUCUCCUUGGUAGAUAUAAAACUUUGUUUGUACCUGCAGUGUUGAUGGAAUGAUAGGAUAGCAUUUUAACGUGUUUGUUUUGAAACCUUACCUAGCCCCGCCCGCAGUGAUACCACAUUGUAACCUGUAUCAGGUUAAAGCAAAUCAAAAAUGAUCUCCUUCCACCCUUGGUUGUUCUUUGUGUCGUAAAAAAAAAAAAGAGAGAAAAACAUGCUGUUUUAUUGUUAUAUAACUAACAUCUUUUAGCAAUGGUUCUUCAGCGAACACUAACCUUUCCCAAGAGAGACCGUGAAGCACAAAGCAGCAACCAUGGGGACAUUGUCAAAUAUAAGAAUUAGUUUAGAAUUUAAAAAUAAAACCAUAUGUUACUUUGACUUGUUCAUUUUGAAAUUGCUAGUACUUGAUAUUUUAGUGACCGAGUUUAAAACAGUGGAUUUUCGUGACUGUAAAAUUUUCUCCUGCAUUUUCCAUCUGUUUAUUCACCUGGCAUUUCAAUACAUGGUGGUUCUAAUGAGCUGCACUGGGCUCUGCCCUUCAAAGCUGGCUGUCACCAGGAAAGCUAUUCAAACAGUGACGUUCCGUCUUAGGGUAUUGCAUUGCACAGACGCCCACGAUAUGGACUCUGUGAAUGACCAUACUGGUUUGAGUAGCAUAGUGUUCUGCUGUGUUGGAUGGUCUGUUAGUGGUAAAGUCGUUGGCACCACUGAUCAGUGCCCAAUAAAAUAUGAAAUGUAAUUGUUUGAUGCUACUACCCCCACCUGUAACACUAUUGGGCGCUGCUUAGUGUCACCAACAAUGUCCAUUUCUUCACUACCAAUUAACAGUAUUGUCUACCGUGGACACUUGCUGCUGAAACCGGUAUAGCGUGGGUUAGUGACACGGCUGGAGAUCUGUUUGUUAAUACGAUUACACAGUCAUUCCAUUUUGAUUAAUACGUUCGACUGGUUGACAUUCAGAAGCUUCACACUUUAUUCCUUGAAAUGUUACAUGUAUGUUGUCUGUAGUUCUAGCAUUUCUGUUUGUACAACUGCUGAACCAAAUGCAACUGAGCAGUCUGACAAAUCCUGUAUGUUAAACAAAGUGUACCCGUGUUGUUUUCUACCUGGAAAUGUUCGAGACAUUAUUCCUGUCUUAGAGGUUGCCAGUACCUCAGUAAGCUGUAACGAGCAGCUUGCUGUUUUCCUGGACGUGAAGGCAAAUCACCAAAUAUGAAUGCUCUUGUAAUGCGCUAGGGCUGGGUUAAUGAAGGAAAUAAGCAUAGUUCAAGGGUCUAAUAUUGGCUACAUUUGGCAACUUUGUGCUAUAUACUUAAGUUCCUAAGACCAACACAACAGGUAUUUGGUAUCAGUUCCUCCAUUCCCUUAGCUGUAAGAAGGACUAGUGAAGGACUACAGGGGCACGGGCCGGGGGGACUGGCUGGUCGUGAGCUAAGCGCCUUCUUCAAUUGUGUGAGUGUAGAGUUUAUGCUGGCACUUCUGUUAAGAAUGAUUGUAAAUCUGUACGUUUUCCCCGCAGCCGUUUCUGUGGGGGGUUUCCUGAACAUAUUAAACUAAAUGAUUUGAUCCUAA